CAAGUCCCAACACAUAUUAUUCAUAGCCAAAAAAAGUUUAUAUAUCUAAGUAAUGGAAUAAAUAGAGAUUUUGAUUCUCCUUCCACUUUGGCCAAGUGCAACAGUAGUAAAUACUCAGUACUUCAAAUAGGCCUUAAAGCCUAUCCUAAAUUUCUUACAAACCAAACAAAGCUAACAGUGCAACAACAAUGUCACUCCCAAUGAAAAUAUCCUUUCUCCUCCUUCCUAUUUUCUUCUUUUUUGCUUUCACCAUUAAUGCAAACUCUGAUCUUAAUACCCUUUUGAAACUCAAAGAAUCUCUUGUUGCUCCUAGAAGUUCUGGUCUUGUUGACUGGACCAACAACACAGAAAAUAAUGAUCCAUUUGCAUAUUGCACGUUUACUGGUGUUACAUGUAACAAUAAUUCACGUGUGAUAUCAUUGAACAUAACUAAUGUUCCUUUGUUUGGUACUAUUCCGCCUGAAAUUGGUCUUUUAGAUAAUCUUGAAAGUCUUAUGAUAUUUGGAGAUAAUGUUACUGGCACACUUCCUUUGGAAAUGUCACAAUUAUCUUCUAUUAAAUAUGUUAAUCUUUCUUACAACAAUUUUUCUGGUCCUUUCCCUAGUGAAAUAUUGUUGGGGUUAGUAAAUCUUGAAUCUUUUGAUAUUUAUAACAAUAAUUUUACUGGUGAGUUACCUACUGAGUUUGUUAAGCUGAAGAAGUUGGAAAAUUUACAUCUUGGUGGUAACUAUUUUCAUGGGGAAAUACCUGAAGUUUAUUCACAUAUUGAAAGUUUAAAGUGGUUGGGUUUAGAGGGAAAUUCACUUACUGGUAAAAUACCAAAGAUUUUGGCUUUGUUACCAAAUCUUGAGAUACUUAAAUUGGGUUAUUUUAAUAGUUAUGAAGGGGGUAUUCCACCUGAAUUUGGUAAUAUUAGUACUCUUCAACUUCUUGAUCUUGGAAGUUGCAAUCUUGAUGGUGAAAUUCCUCCAAGUCUUGCAAAUUUGAAGAAGUUGCAUAGUCUGUUUCUCCAAAUGAACAGGCUUACAGGUCGGAUACCUUCUGAGCUUUCUGGUUUAUAUAGUCUGAUGUCUUUUGAUGUGUCGAUAAACCAACUUGUUGGAGAAAUACCAGAGAGUUUUGUGAAGUUGCAGAAUUUGACACUGAUUAACGUGUUCAGAAACAACUUGCAUGGUCCAAUUCCCUCUUUCGUAGGCGACCUUCCAAAUCUUGAGACGUUGCAGAUUUGGGGCAACAAUUUUACUCUUGAAUUGCCCGAAAAUCUUGGGCGUAAUGGGAGGAUGCUGUUCCUUGAUGUUACUGCUAAUCAUCUUACGGGAAGGAUACCACCUGAUUUGUGUAAAGGAGGGAGGUUGAAGACACUGAUUCUGAUGGAGAAUUACUUCUUUGGUCCAAUUCCUGAACAACUUGGUGAGUGCAAGUCGCUUACUCGAAUUCGCGUUAGGAAGAAUUACCUGAAUGGUACUAUUCCAGCUGGUUUUUUCAAGUUACCUGCACUGGAUAUGCUUGAACUUGAUAACAACUAUUUCACUGGUCAGCUGCCAACGGAGAUUAACGCGAAUAAUCUCACUAAACUUGUACUUUCCAACAACUGGAUCACUGGGACCAUUCCUCCAUCAAUAGGGAGCUUGAAGAACCUAGUGACUCUGUCACUUGAUAUGAACAGAUUAUCCGGUGAAAUUCCUGAAGAAAUUGCGAAUUUAAAGAAGCUCCUGACCAUCGACUUGAGUGGCAACAAUUUAACAGGUGAAAUCCCGAGUUCAAUGGCUCAAUGUUCAGAACUGACAUUGGUUGACUUGAGCAGAAACCAACUUGUCGGUGAAGUACCAAAAGAAAUCACCAAAUUAAAAAGCUUGAACGCUCUCAACUUGUCAAGAAACCAACUGAAUGGCACCGUUCCUGGAGAAAUUGGAGGGAUGAAUGGUUUAACAGUUUUGGAUCUUUCGUACAAUGAUCUUUCUGGCAGGAGACCGACCAACGGACAGUUAAAGUUCUUCAGCAGCAGCUCUUUUGAAGGAAAUCCGAAACUCUGUUCCCCUCGGGCUACUUUUUGUCCGUCGGCUUCCAGUUCACCACAAAACGGCCACAAAAUCCGUUCUGGGAAGUUCACAACUACCCAGUUGGUGAUUACAAUAAUCAUCUUAGUCACUGUUGCGUUGCUGUUGGCUGUUACUGUGUUGUUCAUCAAGAAGGAAAAGUUCAAGAAUUCGAAAAUUUGGAAGUUAACGGCAUUCCAGAAACUUGAUUUCAGAGCUGAUGAUGUUUUGGAUUGUUUAAAAGAGGAGAACAUAAUUGGGAAAGGGGGAGCUGGCGUAGUGUAUCGAGGGUCGAUGUCAAAUGGCAUCGACAUUGCAAUUAAGAAGCUUGUAGGCCGAGGGACCGGACACCAUGAUCACGGUUUCUCUGCUGAAAUCCAAACAUUAGGAAGGAUAAGGCACAGGAACAUCGUGCGAUUACUAGGAUAUGUCUCUAACAAAGACACAAACUUGUUGUUGUACGAGUACAUGUCGAAUGGGAGCUUAGGUGAAAUGUUACACGGUGCAAAAGGUGCACAUUUGAAGUGGGAGACGAGGUACCGUAUUGCUGUGGAAGCUGCAAAGGGAUUGUGCUAUUUGCACCAUGAUUGUUCGCCUUCGAUUAUUCAUAGGGAUGUCAAGUCCAAUAAUAUUCUGCUGGAUUCUGAUUAUGAAGCUCAUGUUGCUGAUUUUGGCCUAGCCAAAUUCUUGCAGGAUGCCGGUGCCUCUGAGUGCAUGUCCUCUAUUGCGGGUUCGUAUGGAUACAUUGCACCAGAGUAUGCAUACACAUUGAAAGUUGACCAAAAGAGUGAUGUAUACAGUUUUGGAGUUGUACUGUUGGAACUGAUCACAGGUCACAAGCCAGUUGGUGAAUUCGGGGACGGUGUAGAUAUAGUAAGAUGGGUUAAUAAAACAAUGUCCGAAUUAUCUCAGCCGUCUGAUGCAGCCUCGGUUUUAGCAGUUGUCGACUCGAGGCUUCAUAGUUACCCUCUUGCAAGUGUUGUCAAUUUGUUCAAGAUUGCUAUGAUGUGUGUUGAAGAAGAGAGUUGUGCUAGGCCUACUAUGAGGGAAGUUGUUCACAUGCUUACUAAUCCUCCUCAGUCUACUACUAUUACUACGCCUACUCUCCUCGCACUUUGAGAUUGCGCGGAUCAAGUGUCUGGUUGAAACCUCGUGGAGUCUGGGGCCAGGAACACGAAUUGAUACAAAUACGGAGAACAAAAAUUCGUGCAAGUAUGGAUAUCUAUUUGAAAUGUUUUGCUGGUUUUGUAUUUUUAUUUUUUGAACUUGUUGUAGGCAAAGUUGUAUAAUAGGCGGGCAUGAAGAAGAAGAAAAGAAAGGAACUCCUUUAAUUUCUAACUAUGGGUACUAGGAAAUAAAUAUCAAGAUGACAAGUAGUCAAUAUUUGCUAUUAAUAACAUGUACUAUGUAAUGUUUUAAAGGUUUGCAAAGUUCAAUUUUGCGUUA